UGAACUUCUAUUUCGAAUAAUGUUAGCGGAUCAAGCAUCUUUUGAUGCGGAGUACUGAUAUUUGUCUCCCUAGUCCAUCCAAUCGUUGCUGGGUCGACGCGGGUUGUUUGCAAAGUUGCGUCACCCCAGCCUCCUCUCAACCACCUCAUUUUCGACACCAGCCACAACUACCACCACAAGUAACAGCGGGAACAACACUCCCCACCCAUCCCCACUCCAUCCGCCCGAUAGUUCAACUCUGACUAUUUUCUAGUCUUUGCGCGGAUUCGCAGCAAACGAUCGCUGCUGCAUUCUUAUCCUACAUCGCGAACCUUCUCCCACCAUCACCAAGCGAGAUACAAACACUGUCCGACGACCACAUCCCUCUCUGAGCUCCGGCUCAGGCCUUGUGCCCAGCUCAACGCAGUCUUCGAGCAUUCGAUAACCCAACAUCAUGGCGCCUACUCCAGACUCCUUCCUCUCGCUCCUCCCACGCUCGUUCCUCGCCGAGACCAACCAUGCCCCGACCAUCAACUCCGACACUCGCUCCCUCUCUCCCAUGGACGUACAAGCUCUGCACCUCGCAAAGCGAGCCGAUCGCCAUGUCGACUUCUCUGCCGGCACAAAACCACCGGACGCCUUCGACAACAAAGGGUUCCAAGCACUCUUCGCCAUCAUCGGCAUGGGCAUGGUGUUGACGGCGUUGUGGUUCUUCUUCUGGGCCAAGAAUGGCGGAUUCAAGUGGGGAGAGAACGACUGGGAGGACUAUAAGUCUACUGUCCUGCGGCGCAAAGGUCCGGACGGCAAGACCCUGUCCAAUGCCACCAAGAGCACCAGGCUGGGCGGCGGGAGUGUCGUCCAUGGCGGUAGCUACGGCGCUGAGAGCAGUGUCGGCUACACGGAUGAAACUGCCACGAGUGCCGACCUUAGUGAGAUGCGAGAGGUGGAGGAAGGCCGUGGCGUUGGUGCUUUUGGACUCCGUGGUGGUGACGCUAGCAAGAAGAAGCAUCGUCGCGAGGGCACAAACAACUACAAGGACCAAGACGUACGCGCAUACCGUGAGGAGAAGCCUGCACGCGUAGGCGGCCUCAAUCGCAAGGCCGAUGGCGUCUACACGGACUUCUCCAACACUGGGUCGGAUCUCGGCUCCAACGUAUCCUCGAAGCCUCUAGUCACCGUCUCAGCCAAGGAGAAGAAGAAGGAAGAAAAGGCCAAGGAAGCCCGGGCAAAGGAACGCAUGCGUCAGGCCAAACUCAUUGAGAAGAACGCCGCCAGGACGGCCGCCGCCGAGGAAAAAGCCCGCAAAGCAGCAGAGAAGGAACAGGCAAAGAGGGAAAAGGCAGAGCAGAAGAAAGCAAAGAAGAGCAAACGCGCCGACACCGAAGCCACCUCCUCGGAAGCUCCCAUGAGUGAGGCCCCCAUGAGUGAGGCUCCCAUGAGCGAAAAGCCCAUGGUCAAGGCCCCCAUGACCACAUACACUGCCUCGGAAGCACCUCGCAAGUCCCGCCGCUCUCCUCCCUCCGCCGCCUACUCGUUCGUCUCUGGCGAUGAUACCAACACCGUCUACACUGGCGCCUACACCGACAACCGCACCGCCCCCUCGGAAGUCAACGAGUCCUCGUACUACUCCGACUACCGCCCCAACGCGGACCCAGCAGCCUUGUCGCAGGCCACCCGCUCGCGCCGCGACCGUGACAGCAGAGACGCUGCGAGGAGCCGCCACUCAUCCGCUUCUCCUCGCAAGCAACAUCGCGCAUCCCGUGACGCUGAUGCUCCAUCGGACAUGUUCGCCCAGGCGAACGGCAAUGUCCAAGGGACUCUCUCCUACCCAUGCUACAUCCCCGGCUUGAGCUCUGCCUGUAGCGUCGGUGUCAGCGAGAGCGUUAGUCAGGUUGGAGGUCCCAGCCACGGAGGCAGACGCGGGCGGGACGUCAUGGACGGAUAUCGGAGGGGCGGUGUGAGGGCUGUGGCUCGGAGGGAUAGCCUGAGCGAUAGCGAUGCUUAGAUUAAAGGUAAAUGUUUGAGUGGUUCACGAGAUAGGGGUUCGGGGUUGAUGGAUACCCUUGCCAGAUUGUGUACACAGCUUACUGUUCAUUCUUGUCGGCGUUUGGGGAGGUAAACAGGGAAGGGAAUGAAAGCGAUGAACUCCGCUUGGAGGAUUGGGAUGCCGUUAAGGCUCGAUAGAGGCUAUUGAUGGGUAUGGAGCGCAUGGACGGCUUGUAUGUACCUAGGUAGAGCAUGAACCGAUGAAUGUGAUACGACGAAUAUAACGAGCAA